AUGGAGGAGGCUUCUUUGGGAGUGACGGCAAGGCGACAAAGGGAGAAGGGAGAUGACAAAGCAGCGAUCGACGUCCUUGUAGAGCGAGAGCAUCCUGCGGCUGCCGGCGAGCAGCGCCUUGACGUCGAUGAGGUGGGAUGCCCUGGUGGUGAGGAGAUGGGAGCGGAUGCGAAGCACGUCCAUGCGGUAGAGCAUCGUGUGGGCGAUGUAGAGCGUGGCGAUAGACCAGAGUGCUGUGAUGGUGUAGAGGAAGGGCGCACGGAUGCGGUAGAGGUACUCGGGGAUGGUGUCGUGCGCCAGCCUGUGGAGAGGGUUCAUUUCCUUGACGACGACUUGGAGCGCCGUGCAGAGAUCCUCGCAGGUGCGCUUGGACUGUGGGCCUCUGGUGGAUCCGGCGAGGCUGUGGGCGUCCCUGUGGACGAAGCCGUACUUGAAGAGUGUGGGCGUGGUGGAGUCGCAGUCCACGAUGGAGGGGCAUGA